AGGGGGAGCGGGGAAAGAGCAGUUGUGUGCUGGAGCUGCCGCAGCCUGUCAGCCGUGCUCCCUUCACCUGCCCAGGGAUGAGAAAGAGAGGCGAGCCGGGGGCCCCGGAACAUGAGAACUUUGUCAGGGCCCCACUGGACAGGGAGUGCAGUAUAAAGCACAAACUGACAAUCGCCGGCACAAAGGCACAUUUUCCACACGACUCCGACUGCGACAGCAACGGCAUGAAGAGGUUCGGCAGGCGUUACGGUUUCUGGUCCCGGCUCCGAAUGUUUCUACUCUUUAUAGUUGGAUUGUAUAUAGCUAUUCCAUUCCUUGUAAAGAUAUGCCCUGCCAUUCAAACUCAGUUGGUGUUUUUAAAUUUAGUAAGGUUUCCAUAUUUUAUUGACUUGAAGAGGCCCGAGGAUCAAGGCUUAAAUCACACGUGUAAUUUUUACUUACAGCCAGAGGAGGAUGUCUCCAUUGGAGUUUGGCACACCAUUCCUGCAGUUUUAUGGAAAGAAGCUCAGGGAAAACACCUAGAGUGGUAUGAGGAGGUUUUAUCUACAAAUUACCCUGUGAUCCUCUAUCUGCAUGGAAAUGCCGGCACACGAGGAGGCGAUCACAGAGUGCAGCUUUAUAAGGUGCUCAGUUCCAUGGGUUACCACGUCAUUUCAUUUGACUACAGAGGAUGGGGUGAUUCUGUGGGUUCUCCAUCAGAGAGCGGCAUGACCUAUGAUGCUCUGCACGCUUUUGACUGGAUAAAGGCACGGAGCGGAGACAAUCCAGUUUACAUAUGGGGACACUCAUUAGGCACAGGGGUUGCAACCAAUCUAGUAAGACGACUUUGUGAAAGAGAAACUCCUCCUGGCGCCCUGAUCCUUGAAUCUCCAUUUACCAAUAUUCGGGAAGAGGCAAAGAGCCAUCCAUUUUCUGUGAUAUAUAGAUACUUCCCAGGUUUUGACUGGUUUUUCUUAGACCCCAUCACAGCAAGUGGCAUUAAGUUUGCUAAUGAUGACAACGUGAAGUAUAUUUCCUGCCCCCUGCUCAUUUUACACGCAGAAGACGAUCCUGUCAUUCCAUUUCAUCUCGGAAAAAAGCUUUACAACAUUGCAGCCCCGGCACGAAGUUUACGUGACUUCAAAGUCCAGUUUAUUCCAUUCCACAAAGAUCUGGGAUACAGGCACAAGUACAUAUACCGAAGCCCAGAGUUGCGCCAGAUACUGAGGGAUUUCCUGGGAAACACAGAGCAGCAAUAAAUACACCAAAAACCAGACAUCCCAGCUGUCCCUUAGCAUGAAGACUUAUGGACCAGCAGCCUAUGAAACUUUUUUGCAGUCAGCAAAUAAACCCCAGAGCUUGGGAGUCACUGCUGCUACUUUGGGUUCCCCGUCCACACAUAAUACCAUGAGUACAAACAAUUCCACUGUCUCUGGGGCCACUGCAGGAUGAGUGUCUUUAUUACUGUUUAUUUGUAAGCUUUGCAACAUACAUGGCCUGACUGUGAGGGAACCAAACUGAUACAUCUGCUGUCAUUAACAAAUGUCAUUGGGGCAUCUCUGCCAUGCAAUUGGUCACUCUACCGUGGAAUUAUGCUUGUUUGCUAGUUGGGCACAUUGGAUGCUUGUUUGAUAGUGGCGUCCCUUUGUCAGGGUUUGGACAGGUGGGUCCAUAUGCAGUGUAAGUCCACAAGUGUCCCAGCAGUAGCUCCAUUUAUUUGCACUGGGGGUGCAUGGGAUAAACAUAAGAUAUUAGGUUUUAGGAGGCUGUGCAGGAUUUUUACCCAGAAUACAACAGCCAUGUUCUGCUGGUCAAGUAACACACCUAUUUAAAAGUUUUCAUGCCCAAAGCAUAAAAUAUUAAAAAUAUAUGCAUAUACUGUACCUGCACUGUAACUUAUGGGUAUAUUCCAAACUAUAUAUUUUUUUUCAAGUUUUUAUUUAACAUUUCUAAUAACAACAUUACAUAAAAAGCAAGUUAGAAAAGGAAAGAAGAAGUGAGCCCAGUUGGUCAUAUUGAGGCCAGUCACUGGAAUCUAACUGGGUAUGGUUGGCCGAUUAAGCCCUGGAGUGUUCCAACCAAGCGCCCCAUAUCUCCAGGUCACUCCCGAGCCAUAUAAACCAGUUUUUGAUUAGCAAAGGAGUCGGUAAUACAUUUUUUCCAGAAACCCAGUGUGGGUGGGGCCAACGAUUUCCAUUGCAUUCGUAUCGCUUUCUUUGCAAAGUAGAACACUUGUAAAUAGCUGGAUUUGGUGUAUUUGCCCCUAGGUAGCGCUCCCAAGACUCCCAGGAGGCACAGGCUGCGGGAUAGAAUAUUAGGGGGAUUGAGUGUCUGCUCUUUGUAUGUCAACACUUGCCUCCAGUGGCGUAACUAGAUAUUACUGGGCCCCACAGCAAAUUAUUUUUCAGGCCCCCAAAAUGUUUAGAGGUUGACUUGUUUCUCCAAUAUUUAUUGAAAUUGUAUAUGAAUUAGGGCCUCGUGGGGCCCCUAUACCUCCUGGGCCCCCCUGCAGCCGCAGGGUCUGCUUCCUCUAUAGUUACGCCCCUGCUUGCCUCCAAAAAGCUCAUAUCAGGGGACAUUCCCAAAACACAUGAUAGCAUAAGCUGCCAACUCGGUUUGUCGUAAGUUUUUAUCGGCCCGUGUAUGGCCACCUUAACACUGAGGGAUUUCAUGUUUUAAUCAUGCACAUUUGUCUUGCGUUGCCUUCGUUUGUUUGCACUGAAUUAAUGAGAAUUCACUGUUACUCCCUACUACACAUUUCUGCAUAUUUUGUACCUGUUCAUUUCCAUCUCAUUGUUGUGGGUUAUUUGCGUUGUGUUCCCUUGUGUCUGGGUUACUGGACUGA